AUGGCAGCUGGACCGAUUGCUGAAAGGAAUCAAGAUGCUACAGUCUAUGUGGGAGGCUUGGAUGAGAAGGUAACAGAAGCCAUAUUAUGGGAGUUAUUCCUACAAGCAGGACCUGUGGUAAAUGUACAUAUGCCAAAAGACAGAGUGACACAGAGUCACCAGGGUUAUGGUUUUAUUGAGUUCAUGGGAGAGGAAGAUGCUGAUUAUGCUAUCAAAAUAAUGAACAUGAUAAAACUCUAUGGGAAGCCUAUACGAGUCAAUAAGGCCUCAGCUCAUCAGAAGAAUCUGGAUGUUGGUGCUAAUAUUUUUAUUGGUAAUCUUGAUCCAGAAGUAGAUGAGAAAUUAUUGUAUGACACUUUCAGUGCUUUUGGAGUAAUAUUACAGACACCAAAGAUUAUGCGAGAUUUGGACACUGGAAAUUCCAAAGGAUAUGCUUUCAUCAAUUUUGCCAGUUUUGAAGCAUCAGAUGCUGCUAUAGAGGCCAUGAAUGGGCAAUAUUUAUGCAACCGUCCCAUCACCAUUUCUUAUGCUUUUAAAAAAGACAUCAAAGGAGAAAAACAUGGCUCUGCAGCUGAACGUCUCUUAGCUGCACAAAAUCCACUUUCCCUGACUGACAGACCCCAUCAGUUGUUUGCUGAUGCCCCUCCUCCUCCUCAGCAACCUCCUGCUCCUGUCCCUCCUUCAUCAUUUGCUCCACCUCCUCCACCUCCAGUCUCACAAGCUCCAAUGAUGUCUUUGGCAAAUGGCAUCACAAUGGGUCUUACAAAUUCUGCUCUAGUAUCAACAUCAGCUGCUCCUCCUCCUCCAGUACCUCCACCAGCAUCUCUCCCUGUGCCACCUCCAGUUGGUGCAAAUAUGCCUCCACCGCCAAUGCCUCCUGGCAUGCCAUCAUUUCCUCCACCAGGUGGAGCUCCUCCACCAGGUCAACCUCCAUCUUAUCCUCCACCUCCACCAAUGGCUCGGCCUCCACCACCACCAACCGACCAAGCCAAUUCACAGUCAGUACCACCAAUGCCACCACCACCAAGAGCACCAAUGGGAGGUGCACCCCCUGGACCACCUCCCCCAGGAAUGGCACCUCCUCCAGGACCACCACCACCAGGUAUGCCACCACCACCUCCAGGAAUGAGACCACCUCCACCUCCACCAGGUUGGAGAGGACCUGCACCACCCAGAGGACCUCCACCUUUUGGUCGUCCUCCACCUCCUCCUCCACCUCAACAACGGGGACCUGCAGUUCCACCACCUCGUGGACCACCUGGUACAGGAGCAAGAGGACCACCACCACCACCUAGAGGUGUACGCCCACCCCCACCUGGUGCUAUGCGGCCACCCAACCAACGGUAUUGA